UUUAUCUCGAUUCUUUCCUUGACUCACGCGACCUCUCCUUGAAGCUCCACCUCCACCUCCCAGCAAUCACCAUGGCUGACGCCCUCGCGGAAGCCACCGCGAAGCUCCACCUCGAUGAGGAGACCGGCGAGAUGGUCUCCAAGGGCGAGCUGAAGAAGCGCAUGCAGAAGCGCGCCAAGAAGGCUGCCAGAGCCGCCGCGCCCCCCAAGCCUGCCGCCCCCCCCAAGCCCCAGGGCAAUGCUCCUGCUCCGAAGCAGGAAGAGGCUCCUGUCGAUCCCGAUGCCAUGUUCAAGCAGGGAUUCUGCGGCGCCGUCUGGAACGAACGCCAGGUCACCCCCAUCACCCGAUUCCCCCCCGAGCCCAACGGCUACCUGCACCUCGGCCACUCCAAGGCGAUCGCGAUCAACUUUGGCUUCGCCAAGUACCACGGAGGAAAGACCAUCCUGCGAUUCGACGACACCAACCCCGAGGCGGAGGAGGAGAAAUACUUUGUGGCGAUUGAGGAUAUCAUCCAGUGGCUGGGCUUCAAGCCCCAUGCCAUCACGCACUCGAGUGAUCACUUCGACAAGCUGUACGAGAUGGCCGAGAAGAUGAUCAACCUGGGCAAGGCCUACGUCUGUCACUGCAGUGACACGGAGAUCAAGUUGCAGCGUGGUGGAGAGAAGAACGGGCCGAGAUACCGCUGCAAGCACGCCGAGCAGGACGUCGAGACCAACCUCCGCGAGUUCCGCGAUAUGAGAGACGGCAAAUAUGAACCCCAGUCCGCAUUCCUGAGAAUGUUCCAGGAUAUCACGAACCCCAACCCCCAGCAUUGGGAUCUUGCCGCAUACCGGGUGCUGAAGAAGGACCACCACCGCACGAAGGACCAGUGGAAGAUCUACCCGACAUACGACUUCGCCCACUGCCUGUGUGAUAGCUUCGAGGAGAUCACCCACAGUCUGUGCACCACCGAAUUCGUCCUUUCGCGCGAGAGCUACGAGUGGCUCAACAAGACGCUGGGCGUCUACGAGCCCAUCCAGCGGGAGUACAGCCGCAUGGAUGUGAGCGGGACGGUCAUGAGCAAGAGAAAGUUGAAGAAGCUGGUGGAUGCGGGCUACGUGCGCGGCUGGGAUGACCCCCGGUUGUACACCCUGAUUGCCCUGCGCCGUCGUGGUGUUCCCCCGGAGGCCAUUCUCUCCUUCAUCAACGAACUGGGUGUGACCACGGCCAAGUCCGUCAUCCAGAUCUCUCGCUUCGAGCAGUCGGUCCGGACGUACCUGGAGAGCCGUGUGCCGCGGUUGAUGCUGGUGCUUGACCCUGUCCCGGUUGUGAUCGAGGACUUCGAGUCCCUCGAUGCCAAGGAGCUGGACCUCGACAUUCCCUUCUCUCCGAAGGACCCCAACAUGGGCUCGCACGAGCUGAAGUUGACCAAGACUGUCUACAUUGACCGGUCUGAUUUCCGCGAGGAGGACAGCAAGGGGUACUUCCGCCUGGCUCCGGGCAAGAGCGUCGGUCUCUGGAAGGUGCCUUACCCCAUCCAGGCCACCACAUUCUCCAAGGAUGCCGACGGCAAGGUCACGGAGGUCCGGGCGGUGCUGGACAAGAGCAACGCGAAGCCCAAGACGUACAUCCACUGGGUGCCGGAUAACUCGCGCAAGGUGGAGGUCCGGAUCCACGACCCCCUCUUCAAGUCGGACGACCCCGGCUCCGUGGAGGGUGGCUUCCUCAAUGACAUCAACCCCAACAGCGAGACCAUCCACACGGAGGCCUUGAUCGAGGGCGGCUUCGACGAGGUGCGCCGUCGGGCCCCCUGGCCGGCAGCCGCUGGCGAGAAGGGCAAGAGUGGACCGGAGAGUGUCCGGUUCCAGGCGAUGCGUGUUGCGUAUUUCGCGGUGGAUGCCGACUCGACGGAUGACCGGGUGGUACUGAACCGGAUUGUGUCGCUGAAGCAGGACGGCGGGAAGAGCAACUGAAAUGUACCAUCUGCAAUGUACAGGGGGUAAUUUCCGGUGCACGAAUGACGUGUGCUGGUUCGGGAGCGUGACAGCUCGGAUACAGUAGCGGUGCUGCGGGAGCCAGCCUGGCUGCAUCGAUCGGGGGGUUAGAAGUGAGGGGCCUGGAAGGGUAAUGAGCAAUGUCCUUUGGUUGUUGAUAGCGUGGAUACAUGAUAGCCGGGGUUAAUAGAUGCCUAUUGCUGACGGACGCCUCGGCUAGAGAUGAGGAUGGGGUCGGGUAUGAGUUGAACCCGAAUCCUGCACGCCUGCC